UCCGUCACAGCUGUUGUUCAAGUGCUGUGGGUAUUUCCUCACCUUUUCUCUGAGCUGCUAGCGUGAGACAAACUGCUCUAAUCACCUUAUCCUCCUCUGUGGACUGAAAAGCUAUAGAUUUCAUAAUGGAGAGCAGUUCUCAGGCAUCUGAUUCUGGCGAGAAGGUCAAUAGUGUUGAGGAGAAACCUGUGAAUCCAAUGGAAGUGUUCAGCAAGCAGCUGGAAGACAUCAUCAACACGUUUGGUUCUGCAUCCAGCCUGCUGGAAGAGAAGAUCUCCAGCUUGGAAAAGGAUGAAGAGAACCUGGAGGAAGAGACCACGGAUGCUAACAAGGUGGUGAGCAGCAACCCAGAGACUGAACAAACAGCCAGCGGGCUUCUGGAAGGACUGAGUAAAGAAGCUUCACCUCUUCUGCAGAGCCUAAAAACUCUCAUGUCACCGGAGGAGAAAGUGGAGAUGGUGUUGAGCAAAUAUGGAGAACUGUUGAAGGAGCAGAAGAGUGAACAGGUACAGCUGAAGAUGCUUCAGAAGAGACAAGGUCUCCUGGUUAAACAGAGAGACCAUCUCCAGUUAGAGCACAGCCGUGGAAUCCUGGCCCGGAGCAGGUUGGAGAUCCUCUGUCGGGAUCUUUAUGAGCACACCAAAACCCUGAAGGAGGAAAUGCUGCUGAAGUGCCAGGAGGACGAGAGAAAGCGAGCAGAGAUCCACAGCCAAUUCCAGUGCACGGUGCUGGACAUCCAGGCCCAAAUCGAGCAGCACAGCAACUGCAACAACAAACUGAGCCAGGAGAACAGCGAUCUGGCCAGCAAGCUGAAUUCCAUCCUGCAUAAGUAUGAGAGGAGAGAGGAGACCUUAGAAAAGAUAUUCAGACAGAGGGAUCUGCAGCAGGAGCUGUCAGAUGCCAAGCUGGAAGAAGCUAACCUGCGUCUGAAAGAAGCUGAGGAGAAACAUAGGAGGGAGAAGGAAUACUUGCUUAAAGAAGCAAUUGACAAAACAAAGAAAUGCUUCACAAUGAAGGAGCAAGAGUUGCAGAUGAAGAAGCAGCUGGUGUUGUACUCUCAGAAGUUUGAUGAGUUCCAGGCUACGCUGGCCAAAAGCAAUGACGUUUACGCUGUUUUCAAACAAGACAUGGAAAACAUGACCAAGAAGAUGGCGAAACUGGAGAAGGAGGGCAACAUGUGGAAAAUCCGCUUUGAAAACUGCAACAAAGCUCUUACUGAGAUGAUUAAUGAGAGAUCUGAGAAGGGCAAAGAGAUGGCGCUCUUUACUGUGAAGAUCGAUAAGUUGCAGACGCUGUGCCGAGCUCUACAGGAGGAGAGGAAAAUCCUGUAUGAUAAGAUAAAGGAGAUCCGCUUGCAGGCUACAUCAGCAUCAGCAUCUAUAGCGGACAUUACGGAGGAAGAGAUUCCAGAACUCGCCCAGCUGUCUGUCUUAGAGCCGGAGCGCAACCCGGCACUUACAGCAGAGAUGGAGAAGCUGUGGAAAGAGCAAGCCCGUCUGAAGGAAUUUGCAGAUUUGCUGAUGGCCUCAACUUCAAAGGACAUGGACAGCUCUAACAGUGAUGAGGAAUUAUCUGAGCCCAAACAAACUGCUCAACUAACUCCUCUUGUUCCUGUGCCAAGUAAGGCAGUCCAGUCUAAUCAACAGGAAGAAGAACCAACUAAAUCAGAACCACCCAAAGAAGAACCACCUAAAGCAGAACAACCCAAAGUAGAACCACCCAAAGAAGAACCACCUAAAGCAGAACCACCCAAAGAAGAUCCACCUAAAGCAGAACCACCCAAAGAAGAACCACCCAAAGUAGAACCACCUAAAGCAGAACCACCCAAAGCAGAACCACCCAAAGAAGAACCACCCAAAGUAGAACCACCUAAAGCAGAACCACCUAAAGCAGAACCACCCAAUGUAGAACCACCUAAAGCAGAACCACCCAAUGUAGAACCACCCAAAGCAGAACCACCCAAAGCAGAACCACCCAAAGAAGAACCACCUAAAGCAGAACCACCCAAAGAAGAACCACCUAAAGCAGAACCACCCAAAGAAGAGCCCCCCAAAGCAGAACCUCCCAAAGAAGAACCACCCAAAGCAGAACCACCCAAAAAAGAGCCCCCCAAAGCAGAACCUCCCAAAGAAGAACCACCCAAAGCAGAACCUCCCAAAGUAAAACUUCCCAAAGCAGAACCACCUAAUGCAGAAUCUCACAAAGAAAAGUUUGCUAAAGUGCCAAAGAAAAAUGUUGCAAAAGUAGAACCAAUCCAGCAAAACACACACCCACAAAAAUCCAACAAGCCAAAUUCUGUUGAACAAAAAGAACCACAACCGAAAGAAGUGAAAACCGUAAGAGCUCAAGCUGAAGCUCCUCAAGUGAAUUCUAGCAAAAAUGAACAUCACCCAGAACAAGACCCCAAAACUGAGUCUACUAAAGAAGCUCUAGUGGCCGAAGCGGAGCCUAUAAAGUCAGAACCACCCGAGGCUUCGACAGCAGGAGCAGCAAAACCACAGAACUGCAAAUGCUCAGAGUCCAAAGCCAGUGCUAAUAAAGCACACAGCAAGAAACCGAGCUCCUCCAAGAAGAAAGCUGCCGCAAAAGCGACCAAGAAGAGCUGAAGAACGACAAGGAGUGUUUGAUUCCUCUCGUUUCCUCUAAUUCCUGAUUUAUGUGUGUGUGUGUGUAUGAUUGCAGUGCUGUGUCAGAAACUAAGGAGUUCUUUUUUUUCUCUAUAAAGUUUAUUAAAUAUAGGUGUUAUUUAUUCUGUGUGUAUAUAUGUGUGUGUGUGUGUUACACCUGUUUCACUUCUCAUCGACUUCACUCACAAAUAAAAAGAGCAUCAGAACUGAGACAUUGUUCAACAUCAGUGUUGGUGCAGGAUCAACAUUCAAGUCAUUGGCUGUAGCUCUGGUGUACCUGCUGAUUCCUGCUGAGGCAGUUUCCAUGGCAACUACUUAAAAAAAGUGUAGAUCAGGAGCUACGUUCCAAGCUGUUGGAGCUACUAAGCUAAAAAAAAAACCUAUGUCUGUGUAUGUGUGUGUUCAGAUUUCUGAUGUUUAGGAACAAGUCUGUGAGAGACUGAAGAGAAAGAUCUCCAGAUCAACUGAACAGUGUGUGUGUGUGUGUGGUGUGUGGUGUGUGAACUGUAGUGAUGUCUCUUCAUUUAGUGUUGAAUGUGUGAAAAUCGUUCUUCAUAUUGAACAUGAAGACAUACAGUGGACAUAAUUGGUGUGUGUGUGUGUGUGUGUGCAGUGUUACUUUAAGGGAUACAGUAGUCUGAGACACUGCUUUAAAUCGAGAGUUUUAGGCCCAAUGAUUACAAAAAAAAGAAAAGGUUAUAAAUUUGUAACAUUUCAACAAUUAAUUUGUAGUUAAAAAGAAAUAAAAAAAAGAAUUAAAGAAAUUAUAACAAUGUCAUCAUUUUUUAGAGGAAUGAAAGAAGGCAGUGCAAAUCAUCAGAGCAGUGUGUUAAAUGAGGAACGUUGGUGUUUUUUAAUUUCCCUAAAACUCUUCUACAUUAGAUAUGAAAGUAGGAACAUCCAGAUGUUAUCCAUUUUAUUUUAUUUGUUCUUUGUACAAAAGGGUGAAUUUGGCAUAUAC